AUGAAGUACCAAAAAGAAGUUGGUAACCAAAGCAAAUCAAAAGAAAUCAGUCAAAGAGUACAAAAUGAUAUUGAUCAAUUGUUGGAACGCUUACCAGUUUUAAAUGAUUAUUUUCAUUUGCACGAUAAGGUUGGAAAAGGAACUUUUAGCCAUGUUUACUUAGCAACAUCUAAAACAGACAAUUCUAAAAAAGAAUUUGCUAUUAAACAUUUAAUUCAUACAUGCGAUGAUUCCAUCAUACAAAACGAAUUGAAAUGUUUGAGAGAAAUCGGAGGACAAGAUAAUAUAGUUAAUGCUGAACUUUUUUUGACAAAUGGAAAAGAUUGUGUUACCUUUGUCAUGCCAUAUUUAUCACAUUUAAGAUUUGCAGAUUAUGUUAGUGAAAUGGAUGUCGAAGAAACUCGUCUUUAUAUGAAAAAUUUAUUCAUCGCAUUAAAAAGAGUUCAUUCAUUCAAUAUAAUUCAUAGAGAUGUUAAACCUGAUAAUUUCCUAUAUAAUAGACAAACCAAACAAUUCCUUCUCAUUGAUUUCGGUCUUGCACAAAAAGUUAGAGUCAAUAACGAAAAAGUCAAGGGUUGUAGCUCUUUCACAAAUGAAAAUUCAAACACGAAAAAACGUAAAAGAAGUUUAGACGUGAACGAUGGGGAAUUAAAAGUAGACGAUUCAAAACGUAUAAUAUUAAAAUCGAAAGAUAAUAAUAUUAAAUUAUGGGACAGAACAAAAAUUCAAAAUGAUGCUACCAACGAUGUGGACAAGAAAAGGAAAAAUUUUUCUCCGCAAAAGAGAACGAUCGAAGCAUCGAAAAUAUUAAGAGCGAACGUGUUGAACCCUGAAUCGACCCUUAAAAAAUCGAGACUUUUUAAUUAUUCAACUCUAUUAACGAACAAUAAGAAAAAAUUUAUCGAUUUAAACUCAUUGAAAAAUUCUCGGGUACAAAAACAAUAUCCUUCAACGUCUGCAAAUUCUACAUUUCAACAAACUUGUCCGUGCAACGGAAAGGGAGCAGUUUGUUUGCUUUGUUUAACCAAAGAUAAAAUGGAUGCACCCAGAGGGGGCACGUCGGGAUUUCGCGCACCGGAAGUUCUUUUUAGAUACCUGUAUCAAACGACAGCCGUCGAUAUAUGGGCAUCGGGAGUCGUCAUGCUUUGCAUACUUAGUAAAUGUUAUCCAUUUUUUAAUUCUUCGACGGAUUUAGUUUCGUUGGCUGAAAUAAUGACCGUAUUCGGAACCGGACGAACAAUCGAAGUCGCUUUAAAAUUUGGUCGUAGAAUAAUUUGCAACGAAACACGAAAAGGUGUCGAUUUGAAAAAAUUAUGUGGACGUUUAAGAGCUCGACCCCAAUGCAAAACGGAAUCCGAUGAUAAUUAUUUAUCGGAACCGAAAUGUCGCGAUUGUUUUCAAACGAUCAAAGAUGACGGUUGCAUAUGUCCUCCGGAUGACUCGUCGUCAUCGUACACGUCAUCGAAUUCCGGUCGAAACGAAGACGAAGUGCAAUUUCCAGAUUCUGCAUUCGAUCUUUUAUAUCGUUUGUUAGAUUUAGAUCCGACGACGAGAAUCACAGCAGAAGAAGCGUUGGAACAUCCAUUUAUUAAAGAACCAUGA